UCUUUCUAGUAUAACUAGAUCUGCGACUAUACAUAAUUGGAUUCAACAGUCCAUAUUUUAUCACCAACCAUAUAUUACAUCUUUUUUUUAUCAAAGCAUCCCUUAAUUCACAUAAGAAACAAAGACCAAGAGAAAUAGGAGAUCAAAGUUAUGGAGAACGAAAGAGAAAAACUCGUUUACUUGGCUAAGCUCGCCUGCCAAACUGAAAGAUAUGAUGAUACGAUAAAAUCGAUGAGAAAAGUAUGCGAGUAUGAUAUAGAGCUAAGCAAAGAGGAAAUAGACCUAUUAACAACUGGGUACAAGGAGGUGAUGUUGACCAAGAGACAUUCAUUGAAAGUAAUAUCAACCAUUGGAGAAAUGGAAGACCUGAAAGGAAACGAGCAGAAAGUGAAAUUGAUCAAAGGAAAACAAGAAAUGGUUAAAGAUGAGUUUUUCAAUGUUUGUAAUGACAUUUUGUUUCUCAUCGAUGCUCAUCUCAUCCCAUCAACUACCAAUGUGGAAUCAAUUAUCUUUUUCCACAGAAUGAAAGGAGAUUAUUAUCGAUACAUGACAGAGUUUGGUUCUGAUGCUGAACGUAAAGAAACUGCUGACAAUUCUCUUGAGGCAUAUAAGGUUGCAAUGGAAAUGGCAGAGAAUAGUUUAGCACCCACUAAUCUUGUUAGACUCGGUUUGGCUUUGAACUUCUCUGUGUUCAGUUACGAUAUACUUAAUGCGACUGAAAGAGCAUAUAAAUUAGCUAAACAAGCUUACGACGAAGCAGUCGCCGAACUCGAUGGCCUUGAUGACAAGCAAAAAGACAAAGAGAUGAAAAUUAUCAUAAAUAUGCUGAAAUAUAAUCUUUCCGUGUGGACUUCAGAUCACGAUCACGAUGAACAUGAUUCUGGAAUCCCGAAAAACAAGAAAGACGAGUAGACCAUGUCUUUUAGAACGAUGAAGUCGAUGAGGUUGGGGUAUGAGAUUAGACUCAUGGCUUGUGAUAAUCUGGUUUGAUAUUUGUUUACAGAACUGAUUUAGGAGUCUUCUUGUUAACUCCUAUAAACGCUAAUAAAUACUAUUCUGGUUUUAAAGUCUCCUAUAGCUUUUUGUGCUAUAGGCUUUUUUUUUUGGUGCUUUUGGUUAGAUAUGUUUUUAUAUCAUAUCUUAAAUAAUGUUGAACAAGUAAUGCAUUGGCUAUGAUUA